AUGAGUAAUAUUAAUAUUAUAACAAAUUAUUCAGCUGAAGAUAUAGAACGAAUAAUUGAUAAUUUUUAUUCUCCAACAUGUCAAUUAUCUAUUGAACAACGUCAGCAAUUGAAUACUAUUCUUGAAAAUUUACAAUAUUCAACAUUAGCAUGGGAUUUUUCAUGGAAAUUAUUAGAUAUAAAUAAAUCUACAAGUGUACAAUUCUUCGGUGCUGUUGCUCUUUGUAAUAAAAUUUCAAAAAAUUUAUCGGAAUUAGAUAAUAAUCAAAUUCAACAAUUAUUUCAACAACUUAUUCAACGAUUAAUUUUCUAUAUUUCAAUUCAUGCGAAACAAAUUAUAACAAAAUUAACUGUCGCUUUAGAUCACUUAAUUUUGCAUAUGAUACCAGACAAAUGGACUAAUGGUAUAACGGCAAUUAUUAAUCUAUUUACACAAUCACAAAAUGAAUUUUUAAUUCAACAUCCUGAAAAAGCACAUCUAAUUGUAUUAAAUAUUUUAACUAUACUUCCAGAAGAAUUUUCACGUAUUAAUGUAUCUAAAUCUCAGCGUUCUUUAAUUCGACUUGAACUUGAAAAAGAAUUUCCUAAUGUUCUUAAUUAUUUACAAUUUAUUAUUUCAACUUAUAAUCAAAUAGAAAUUCUUAGUAAAAUUUUUUCUUGUUUAUCAAAAUGGCUUGAAUUUGGUAUAUCAAUACUUAAAAUUGAAAUACUUUUUGAAUAUUUAUUUAAUUCAUUAAAUAAUGAAUAUUUAUUUGAUGAUGCUUGUGAUUGUCUUAGUGUUCUAUUUACUUCACCUGAUGCAUUAAAAUAUCCAUCGACAUUUUCUCAUCUUUUACCAUAUGUUAUACAAUUUGAAACAAUACUUGAUCAAUGUUUAACAAUAGGAAAUAAAGAAAAAGCUGAAUAUAUUACAAAAUUAAUAACACAAUUUGGUGAAAAUCUUGUACAACUUAUUGUUCAAAUGUCAAUGACAACAAAUUCACAAUCACAAAUAGUUUCACAUAAUUUUUGUCGUCUUGUUAUGAAAUGUACUGAAAUAAAAGGACAAUAUCCAAUUGAAGAAACAUGUUCAAUAUUAACAUUUAAUUUUUGGAAUGCAUUAGAAGAAGAAAUUAAUUCAAUUAAUGAAAAAACGAAUCAAGAAAUUCUUUUAGAAGUUUUUCAUCCAUAUUUUGAACAUUUAAUUGAAGUAUUAAUAUCUAAAGGAAAAUUACCAGAUAAUGAGAAUAUAUUUACUUAUGAAGAUAAAGAAUCAUUUCGAUGUUAUCGUGCAGAUAUAAUAGAUACAAUGCUAUGUUGUAUUCUUCGUGAUCUUGAUUCUAUUCUUCAAAUGAUUGUUAAACAAUAUGCUGAUAAUAUUCAAGUAACAGAAGUAUGUAGAAUAUUCUUUAUUGAUUUGAUUGUUAAUUUUUGUAUUUUGAAGAAAAUUUGUGAAAUUCUUUCACGAAUCGUAACAAUAUUACGAGAAUCAAGUAGUUUAGUAUUAAAUAUAUUUAUUCAACUUUUACAAAAUAUGGGACGAAAUAUAUUACAUGUAGAAUUUUUAAAUUUUGUUCGAAAUAUACUUCUACUCUUUUCAAAAGACAUAGACAAACCAGUUUUAAAUCUUUUUCUUAUUGUUCUUCAAAAAUUUCGAUGUCUAUUUAAUGGAGAUAUGCAAUGGUUAAAAAAUCAUGUUGACAUGGUAGAAGAUGUUGCUAAUUUCUUUAGUCAAGUCAUUAAAAAAUUACCAAAUAUUAUACAUCAAUGUCCUGAUGAAGAAUUUAUUCUAUUUAUCGAAUUAAUAAAAAAUGGUAUUCAAUUACAUGAACCAGGAACAUUAAAAAGUAUAUCAACAUUUACUUCUAAUUUUAUUGAAUAUACAAAAUCAGAUCAACGUACAAUAAAUCUUCUACAACAAAAUGGUUUUGAAAUAGUUCAAAUUCUUUUACAGUGUAUUGGUGGUGCAAGUCCUCAUCAUCUUAUUGAAAGUUUAUCAUUACCUCUUUUUACUCUGUCAAAAUCCUAUAUUGAUUGGACAACAUCUUGGAUUCAACAAUGUUUAAAUAAUCCAAAUUUCCCAACAUCAUCUGCUAAACGUCAUCAUCGUGAAACUUUAUUGAAAGUAUUAACAGCUAAACAAACAAGUCGCUCAAGUUUCAAAGAUCAUGUUAAUACAUUUUCACUAGCAUGUCGUGAACCAAUAUCUAAAGAAAAUUAUUUAUCAUGA